AUGAAGGGUGACCAGGUGGCCGGUGGGUCGCAUUUCGCAUUGGGCAUGUGGAGAGAGGGCUGAUGCUGGUCUUGCUCGGAGCUUCACACUUGCUGGCGAGACCCAAGAUUGGGAUGCACGUGACCCGUAUCCAUCAGAGCUCAAUGUUUUCUUUCUCUCAGCUUGCGACUGAUGGCGAUGCCGAGGCUGUUGGAGUGACGAGAGAAAUAAUACAGGCGGGAGCAAUAAUGCAUGCGAGGCAACGGUGGCUGGCAAGCAGGCAGGCAGGGGGGGCAGAUAUCGUUGGUUGGCGGUUGCCGUGGUUGCUAGUGUGUUUACACAUUUCGCCAUUGGCUGGCUGCAUAAGAAGCACAGACAAGUCGCGCCCAUCCCCUUCACACCCCCCCUCCCCCCUUCACCAUCUCAUCAUCACCAGCCCAGCACAGCCAGUGAAGCACCCAGCAACCACCAAGCGAGCACUGCAACGAUUCUCCCUCUCACGCCAGCACCCUCGUCCGCCCACAAAAACACACGCAUUGUUGUCUGCCCUCGCCCCACCCGAAGCACCAGCCAUUGGCCCGCUACAAGAGUGAGCUGCGUUGCGAGCUGGCAUCUCUUCUUUCCCUCCACUCAAGACACCUCUGACUUGCACCCCAUAAAAUUGGCUCUGCUUGUCUGUCUUCCAUCUCGUUGAUUUGGGAGGCCUACAAGUCGAGCACAUAGCUCGCCACGCUGGAUUACGACGCCCGAGUUCCGUGAGUAGACAGACGCCCAUCUCGACGCGUCCCUACAUGUACUGACGCAUCCCGCAGAGUCCCGUUCAGCGUCUUUCCGUCGUCCUACAGGAACCAAGAGGUUUCCGAAUCAUCUGAAGUCAAGACUGACGAGCGUGUCACCGUCCAAGGCGCUGGACGGGAAGAUCGACGAGAGCGAUUCACCUCUCAGGCCGGCCCUUCCCGUCGAGACGGCCGUACCUACCGCGAGGACGUACGCAUCACCGAACAAGACCGCUACAGACGUGCUGGUCGUGAGAGAAGAGAAGAAGACUUCCGUGAGGACAUCCGUGACGACAUUCGCGUUCGCAACGACGAACGCUACAUUGGAGCCGGUCGCCAUCAGGAGCAGGACCGCGUCGACACCCGUGUUGACGUAGAAGUUGACCGCCCGCGGUGAGUAUUUCCCAGCUUCUCACGCUUGUCACCUCAAACUGCCUGCCUCCAUCUACACCAUACCACCAUCACUCCCACCGCUUCACCCGGGUGUUUCGGAGCCUCAGGCCCCCUGCCCGUUGCCCGUUGCUCCCUUGACCUCACAACACAUAACUCCCCCUGAAGCGCGCUUGGCAGACACGCUACGGCCCUAGCGCCUGCUGGGGUGUUGUCGUCGGGGAAACCGCGAUCCACUUCCUUCACCGUCCUUCCCUGCACCUCAUCAGCAUCAACACACCACAGCAGCAUCUUUCUAGCUGCCAUUGAUCGUCCUUGUCACUGACGUUGGAUCCUGCAUAGCUACCGCCAGCCCUACCAGCGUUACACCGACGCUCAGAUCGACGUACAGGACCGCGACUACGACCGCGAGUACCCAACUCGUCACACUCCGGCCACUCAGAUCGACGUCGACUCCCGCAUCGACAUCGCCGAGAGGGACUUCCGUGACCGCACCACCCCAUUCACCGAGGAGUACAGAGCUUCUCGUGGUUGGCAGGACAAGUCCACCUACCCACGCGACUAUCCCGUUGAAGGUUACCCUGCUGAGCGUGAGCCUGUCCGCCUCGACGAAAAAGUGAGAGUCGAGGAACGCACGGUCGACGAGCCACGCGAAGGUCGCCGACACAAACGUGACAUGGGAUAUUACGACGAAGACGGCCACUACCACUCUUUCCGUCACGGUCUGCACCGCGCUGCCGACCGCAUCCUGCACCCGUUCGAGAGCCACGAGCGUCACGAACACCACCACCGUCCCGCUGUUGAGCGUGAGGAGGACAUCACCGUCCGUGACCGCGAAGUCCAAGUAACUGCUCCCCGCUACUCCGAGCGCGAGUACUCUCCUCGUCGUCCAGCCAUGGGUGCUCCAAACACCAUCACGAUCCCAUGCCACCACAUCCGCAUCGGUGAUCUCCUCAUCCUCCAGGGCCGCCCAUGCCAGGUCAUCCGUAUCACCACCUCCGCACAGACUGGCCAGCACCGAUACCUGGGCGUCGACCUCUUCACCAAGCAGCUGCAUGAAGAGUCCUCCUUCGUCAGCAACCCAAGCCCCUCCGUCGUUGUCCAGAACAUGAUCGGCCCUGUCUUCAAGCAGUACCGUGUCUUGGACAUCCGUGACGAUGGCCGCGUGGUCGCCAUGACGGAGACUGGCGAUGUCAAGCAAGGCCUUCCCGUCCUCGACCAGAGCAGCCUGCUCAACCGCCUGACUGAUGCUUUCAACAACGGCCGUGGCAGUGUUCGUGUCCUUGUCAUCAGCGAUGAGGGCCGUGAGCUCGCUGUCGACUACAAGGUCGUCCACGGAAGCAGGCUGUAA